AUGAUUGUACUAUAUCAAAUGGUACAUUUCAUUUUAUUUGCUUCAGUUUCUGGUGGCUGUAUAACUGAGCUGUUGGCAGAUACCUGCUUUCAAGGAGGAGACAUCACUACCGUUUUUACGCCAAGUGCCAAGCACUGCCAGCUUGUCUGCACCCACCACCCACGCUGUUUGCUCUUCACCUUCAUGGCUGAAUCGCCAUCUCAAGAUCCUACCAAAUGGUUUACUUGUAUCCUGAAAGACAGUGUAACAGAAACAUUGCCAAGGGUGAAUAUGACAGGAGCCAUUUCUGGAUAUUCUUUCAAGCAAUGCCCACACCAAAUAACUUGCAACAGAAAUGUAUAUGUGGAUCUGGUCAUGAAGGGCAUGAACUAUAAUGGCUCCAUCGCCAGGAAUGUUCAGGAAUGCCAAGAGAGGUGCACAAACAGUGUGCACUGUCACUUUUUUACAUAUGCAACAAGCCAGUUUCCAAGCGCAGAGCAUCGUAAUGUUUGUCUACUGAAAUACACAGAAAUGGGGACCCCAACCAGAAUCACAAAGCUCAGUAUGGUGGUGUCUGGAUUUUCAUUGAAAUCCUGUGCGCUUUCUAAUCUGGCUUGUAUUAGGGACAUUUUCCCCAGCACGGUGUUUGCAGACAAUAACAUUGACAGCGUCAUGGCUCCAGAUGCCUUUGUCUGUCGCCGCAUUUGUACUCACCAUCCCAGCUGCUUAUUUUUUACCUUCUUUUCUCAAGAAUGGCCAAAGGAAUCUGAAAGAAAUCUUUGUCUCCUGAAAACAUCUGAAAGCGGAUUACCAAGCACACGCAUUAAAAAGCACAAAGCUCUCUCUGGUUUUAGUCUGCAGAGCUGCAGGCACAGCGUCCCAGUGUUUUGUCACUCUUCCUUUUACCACAACACGGAUUUCUUGGGAGAGGAACUGGACAUUGUUGAUGUGAAGGGUCAUGAAGCCUGCCAGAAAAUGUGUACCGAUGCCAUCCGCUGCCAAUUUUUUACCUAUUCCCCUUCUCCGGAAUCUUGCCACGGAGGGAAGGGUAAAUGUUACUUAAAACUUUCUUCAAAUGGAUCUCCAACUAAAAUACUUCAUGGGAGAGGAGGCAUCUCUGGAUAUACACUGAGGUUAUGUAAAAUGGAUAAUGUGUGCACAACCAAAAUCAAGCCCAGAAUUGUUGGAGGAACGGCAUCUGUUCAUGGUGAGUGGCCGUGGCAGAUAACUUUGCAUACCACGUCACCCAUCCGGAGACACCUGUGUGGAGGUUCCAUCAUUGGAAACCAGUGGAUACUAACAGCUGCUCACUGUUUUGACCAGGUAGAGUCACCUAAAAUCUUGCGUGUCUAUAGCGGCAUUUUAAACCAAACAGAAAUUAAAAAGAGCACAUCUUUCUUUGGGGUUCAAAAAAUAAUAAUUCAUGAUCAAUAUGAAGAGGCGGAAAGUGGGUAUGAUAUUGCCUUGUUGAAACUGGAAACAGCAAUGAAUUACACAGAUGCUCAAAGACCCAUAUGUCUACCUUCCAAAGGAGAUAGAAAUGUAAUAUAUACUGAUUGCUGGGUGACUGGAUGGGGGUACAGAAGAUUAGCAGGCGAAAUACAAAAUACGCUCCAGAAAGCUAACGUACCCUUGGUGACAACUGAAGAAUGCCAGAUAAGAUACAAAGGACACAAAAUAACCAAUAAGAUGAUCUGUGCAGGCUAUAGAGAAGGAGGGAAGGAUGCCUGUAAGGGAGACUCAGGGGGGCCUUUGUCCUGCAAACACAAUGAGGUCUGGCACUUGGUGGGCAUCACCAGCUGGGGAGAAGGCUGUGGCCAAAGGGAACGGCCAGGAGUUUAUACCAAUGUGGUUGAGUACCUGGACUGGAUUUUGAAGAAAACUCAAGCAGUGUGA